AUGGCUAAAACUCCGAUGCAAGUCCAUUUUAUUUCGAUCGAUUUUCCAACAUUACGUGGAUUUUCUGGCAUAAACGAGUUGUUCAUUAAUGAAAAUUAUUUUUCGGCUAAGAUUUCUGAAUGGAAAUCGAAUACUCGUUUAUUGAACUCAAUUACAAAAAUGGAUUUAAUCACCAUUGCAUUACAUGAAUGUGCUCAUGUUCGAAUACGCCAACAAGUCGAUGACAUUAACAUGAGUACACCCAACAUGUUGCAAUAUAGCCAGAUCGACAAACCGAAAUGUGACCAAGAAUUCGGUAGAUUAGCUGAAAUGGCUUUAUUUAAAGAACAAAUCAAUUGGUUUCAAUCAAAAGAUACAAUAAAUGUAAAUUAUGUUGAACAAUUUCUAACUGCAAUUGAAAAUGGAACUGAAUUACCAAUAUUGACGGAAAAUGAUGGAGCUAUCCGUCGUGAACUAUCGACUGGUAUGGGUGUUGAUAUACUAAAUGACCGAUUUAUCUGUUAA